UCUUUACAUGGACCAUGCGUUUCCUUAUCUGCAGCGGAUUCUGAGCUCUCCUCGACUCGGGCAAACAUCAACUCACUUCAGCUCACCCGACGAAUCGUCAUCCCACCUCUCGUCGUCUUCAUCUCCUCCAUCGUCUUCCACCUCAAUCCUCCCUUUCAUCUCUCAGAGCUCCCAGUCACCAUUAACGAACAGUUCAUGAUCAGUCACGGCCAAAGGACCAAGCUUUUUCACCUCCUCCAAUGGCGGCAGCUUCACUCGGGUCCCUCGACUUCCUGCCCCAGGCCCUCCCGUUCCCUUCUCAGCUCAAACCCACCUCCCAAAACUUCUACCAGCCUUCUGCCUUCAUCAGAUGCGGCAAUUCCACUAGCAGCACCAGCGAUGUGAACCCGAUAAGGGUCGGCGCUGUUUCCGCCGAGACGAGACCGGCCCAUGUCCAAUCUCCCGAUUUCAAGGACACCCACCUGAUCAAGCUCCUCAACCGGUCCUGCAAGGCCCGCAAGUACAGCGAGUCCCUAUACUUCCUCGAGCGCCUGGUCAGCAAGCCAAACUACAAGCCGGACGUGGUGCUCUGCACGAAGCUCAUCAAAGGCUUCUUCGGGUCGAGGAACGUCGAGAAGGCCCUCCGGGUCAUGGAGAUCCUGGAGAAAUAUGGUCAGCCCGACGUCUUUUCUUACAAUGCAGUUAUUAGCGGGUUCUGCAAGUUGAAUCAGGUUGAGUCUGCGAAUAGAGUCCUUGAACGGAUGAGGAGCCGUGGGUUUGCCCCCGACAUCGUCACGUAUAAUAUCAUGAUAGGGAGCCUCUGUAAUCGGGGGAAGCUCGGUUCGGCCAUUAAGGUGUUGGAGCAGUUGCUGAGAGACAACUGCAAGCCUACUGUGAUCACUUACACGAUUCUGAUUGAAGCAACGGUUAUUGAGGGCGGGCUCGAUGAGGCCCUCAAGCUCUUGGAUGAGAUGUUGUCGAGGGGGCUUCGCCCUGAUAUGUACACUUACAAUGCCAUCAUUCGUGGGCUGUGCAAGGAAGGUCUCAUAGACCGGGCUCUCCAGUUUGUGAAGGGCUUGAACUCGAGGGGAUGCAAGCCCGAUGCGAUCUCGUAUAACAUACUCUUGCGGGCGCUCUUGAAUCAGGGGAAGUGGGACGAUGGGGAGAAAUUGGUGAAGGAGAUGUCUGUUGAAGGCUGCGAGCCCAACAUCGUGACUUACAGCAUCUUGAUUAGCUCUCUCUGUCGGGACGGGAAAGCAGAUGAUGCCCUGAACAUCCUUAAGGUCAUGAUGCAAAAGGGAUUGAAACCUGAUGCAUACAGUUAUGAUCCAUUAAUUGCAGCAUUUUGCAAGGAGGGGAAGUUGGAUAUGGCGAUAAAGUUCCUCGAUCAGAUGAUCUCUAGUGGUUGUCUUCCUGAUAUUGUUAAUUAUAACACAAUCCUAGCGGCUCUAUGCAAGAACAGGAAGCCCGAUCAGGCUUUACAGAUCUUUGAGAAGCUAGAGGAAGUGGGUUGCCCUCCGAAUGUUAGCUCAUACAAUACAAUCUUCAGUGCCCUGUGGAGCUGUGAGGAGAGAUACAGGGCCUUGGAGAUGAUUUCCGAGAUGGUGAGCAAAGGGAUUGACCCGGAUGACAUUACUUAUAAUUCAAUGAUCUCGUGCCUAUGCAGAGAUGGGAUGGUGGACGAGGCGAUAAGUCUUUUGGUUGACAUGGAGAGUAGCGGGUUUCAGCCCACGGUUAUUACUUAUAAUAUCACUCUUCUGGGGCUGUGCAAGGCCCAUCGGAUUGACGAAGCGAUUGAAGUUCUUAUAAUCAUGGUGGAGAAGGGUUGCAAGCCCAAUGAAACCACUUUGAUGCUGCUGGUUCAAGGGAUUGGUUUUGCUGGUUGGAGAUUGGAGGCCAUGGAACUGGCUAAAGCGAUUAAGGACUUGAACGCGAUAUCUGAGGUUUCAUUCAGACGGUUAAAUAAGACAUUCCCAAUGCUCGAUGUUUAUAAAGAGCUCAGUCAUAUGGAGGCAGCAAAGCAGUAGAACGGGAGUACGUUUCAUCUGUUUUUGGAUCAGGAUUGAUAACUCGUGACUGCAAAGAUAGUUCUGCAAAACGGAGAUUCUUAUGUUCCAUCACAGAAAUUUCCGUGACUUCAUUACUGACUUUGGAGAAUCAGUGAUGAAACAGGGCCGAUUUUGCUGAAAGUUCUGCUGUUCCAUUCCGGUGACAUAGAAAGAUCAAAUCCUCAUCCACGGUGCAGGAGAACAGCAUUGAUGCGAAUCAAGCAUUUCUUGAUUUACUCUGUCGCCUUGUUUCGAUUUUCCCCUUUAUUAGCUUUAGAUGCUUCAUUUUCUUAAUUUUUUCGACAAGCAAAACUGCAGAAGGAUAAUCAAACUAGCAUAAACAGUUGGAAAAUAUUCGAGUUUCAACCGUCCAGUUUCAGUGGCUUCAAA